AUGUUCUCCGACACCUAUUUCUCCCACUUCGACCCACAAUCUGCUGACGCCGUGCCCUUCUACCUCGACACCUUAGCCCCUCCCCAAGCCCCAAUCCCGGCACCUUCCUUUUCAUAUUUCGAAGGCCCACCUCCUCCCCAAACCCUUCCGUCAGCACCUUCCCCUUCAUGCUUCGUAUGUCCUGCCCCACCUGAGAUUGUUUUGCCAACACCGUCGCCUUCAUAUUUCGUACUCGAAAGCCCCAUUCAACCGCAUGACCCAUCUACACUUUCCGCUGUUGCUUCACACCACGAAUCUGCAACCAUCCAGUCUCCCCAGCCCGCUACCGUUCAAAGAGGACCACCCUUGCAACCAGAACGGAUUCCGGGCACGCAACAGGCCUAUACGUUCUCAAAAAUACGAGCGAACAAGAACGAAGAAGUCUUCCGCUGCAUCCAGUGCAGAAAAGAAAGUCGGAGACGAGGCUUGGAUGGACCAGAAAUUACUAUCAAGGUGGUUGGUAACGAUUUCCUCACAGACCCGUGCAAGCUUAAACACGAAUGCUUGCCUGCAAAGUAUACAGAUGAGCGAGGAAAUAGGGCCGUAUAUGAGGAACUGCAAAACGUCAAAACGAACUCCGCAUACGCUGAGAAGAAACCCGUGAAGAUCUACUUUGACCUAUAG